AGUCACGAAAGCUUUAAAUCAAAAGAUGAUAGUGGUUGAAGUAAAGAAUUGGGUAAGUAAAAAAAAAUCAGGGACAUCGUUGCCAUGCCAUGACAUCAUCGACAUCCCCAUGACGUCGUUGCCGCGUCGUUGGCAGGUUGACGACGGGAGGAGGCAGCUACGUGGAGUUUAUCCCGCCGCCUCCAGGAUCACUCGCUCCCACGUUGCCCCCUCGCUCCAACUACCCACCCGCGAUGAGUGGCUUCGACCAGCGGGGAUACCAACCACCAGCACCGUUCAACGGUCGGGGCGAGGGGUUUUCCGAGCACGAAAUCAACCAUUAUGUGGACACGCUCUUCGACCCGCUCAUGAGCCACGGGGAGACCCCGGGCCACCUGUCCAACCGGCUCAAGGGAGGUGGCGGCAUGUGGAACGGCACCCCGGUCAACCAAAACCAGAUGCCCAACGCCAUGGGGAUGCCCAUGAUGCCAAUGAUGCCCAACAUGGUUCAAGGCAUGCAACCCAUGGGUGGCAUGGGUGGCAUGGGUGGCAUGGCACCCAUGGGCAUGCAAGUCAACGCAAUGCCAGGUGUGAUGGAUCCCAUGAUGGCACAACAGGCCCUCAUCAACCAGCAAGCCAUGAUGCUGGCCCAGCAGAUGACUGCGGCGGCCCUGCAACAGCAGCAGCAGCAGCAACAGCAGCAGCAACAGCAGCAGCAGCAGGCGGCAAUGAGGGCAGCCCAAGCUUCAUCUUCUCACAGCUUCAACAGGCCUCUGAGGAGCACGGGCCUACGUCAGCAGCAAGUGCCGCUCUACACAGCUCCUCCUCCUGCUCCUGCACCUGCUCCUGCACCUGCUCCUCCUCCUGCUCCUCCUCCUGCUCCUCCCGCUGCUUCUUCCGAUUCGGAUGAGUCCCCACCAUCGCCCAGACGCCGCGUGCCCGACGAGUCGCAGAGUGGAUCCAUGGCCAUCGCCAGUAAAAUCAACCGCUUCUCCAGGGGUGCUUCCACCGCCAAGGCUCCAGCACCUCCAUUCAACAAGUCGCCCGUGCAAUCACAGAAAAAAUCACCCUCACCUUCCCGCAAGAGCAAAAAGGGGUCCACCACCAAGCCUCCACCUCCUCCACUCGACAAGUCACCCGUUCAAUACCGGAAGCGAUCACCCUCUCCUUCCCGCAAGAGCAAAAAAGUGUCCACCGCCAAACCUCCACCUCCUCCACUCGACAAGUCACCCACUCAAUACCGGAAGCGAUCACCCUCUCCUUCCCGCAAGAGCAACAAAGUGUCCACCGCCAAGCCUCCACCUCCUCCACUAGACAAGUCGCCCACUCAAUACCGGAAGCGAUCACCCUCUCCUUCUCGCAAGAGCAAAAAGGGGUCCACCGCCAAGCCUCCACCUCCUCCACUAGACAAGUCGCCCACUCAAUACCGGAAGCGAUCACCCUCUCCUUCUCGCAAGAGCAACAAAGCGUCCACCGCCAAGCCUCCACCUCCUCCAAUCGACAAGUCACCCGCUCGAUACCGGAAGCGAUCACCCUCUCCUUCACGCAAGAGCAACAAAGUGUCCACCGCCAAGCCUCCACCUCCUCCAAUUGACAAGUCGCCCGCUCGAUACCGGAAGAGAUCAUCGACUUCCAGCGAGGAGAGCGACGAUGUAGAAGAGGAUAACACGGAUACAGACUGCGAGCAGGAAGACGUUCCCGACUCCAAAUCCUGGCGCAGGGAUAAAAGCCGCAGCCCCGAGAGGCCCCAAGUGGUCGUGGCAUCGAGCAGAAACGCGCCGGAGCCCACGAAAAACAUCAAGCACAUCAUCAGCAUGUACAACAAGAAGCCGCCUCCCAAGCCGGAGGAGAUCAUCCCGAAGAUGAACGUGCGAUCCGAACCCAAGUUCGUGAAAAGAUCGGACCCACGCUCGGAGGCCCUCACGAUCCUCAGCGAGAAGACAAAGCAGUUGUCAAAGCAGGGCAACGCCAGUGGCAGCACCAGCCCAGCCACGUCCUCCGGGCAUGACUCGCCUUCCAUCACCACCACGGCAGCCAAGGGCCCGGAGAACGUGCCGCCCCCUCCGCCCAUUCCGCCGCCACCGGCUGCUGCUGGCAUCACCACCGCCAGCGCGCCGUCCAAUCCUCCGCCACCUCCUCCUCCACCGCCUCCGGCGCCUCAGGUACUGCAAGCCCAGCAGCGUGAGCUUGAUUAG